AGUCAAACAGUUCACGAGUGACAACUACACUGCUGUAUAAAAGAAGUGUCGGAGUGAAGGGAUUGCAUAUAAAAUAUUACGUGUUUCCAAUAAUGGAGGACUACCAACCUAACGAUGAGGUUUCCUUUAAUGCAGAUGAGGCCAGCAACUACGUCAAAGAGUGCAUUGAAAGUAUCAUUGGUGGGGUGGACUACAAUCAAAACAAAGUGAACCAGUGGACAGCCAGUAUUGUGGAACACUCUCUAACUCAGCUUGUUAAACAAGGGAAACCUUUUAAAUACAUUGUAAACUGCGCUGUAAUGCAGAAGAGUGGAGCUGGUCUACACACAGCCAAUUCCUGUUACUGGGACACUGCUACGGAUGGAAACUGCACAGUAAGAUGGGAGAAUCGGACCAUGUAUUGCGUCGUCUCUGUUUUUGCAGUUGCUGUCACCCUGUAGCUGUUUGAAAGCUGGACAUGAACACACACACACAGAGACACCAAAUCCUUGACAAUCUAAUGUUGUUUUUGACAUAAAAUGAGUAUAAUAACACAAGAAUUAGUUGUUAAUAAACACACAGGUAUGUACUCUUCUAGAACCAUGCACCCAAGCUACAGUGAGGGGUAUUUGAAUAGGAGAUAAUCGAUGGAAGGGUUGAAUGUCACAGCUAAGGGGCUUUUUGAUAAGGAUUUGUUAAUGAACACACAGGUAUGCACUGUUCUGGAAUCCCAAGCUACUAAAUUACUGUUUUCCCAUUUUUUAAAAAAUUAUUUAUUGAUAUUCUGUGAUGAAAGCAAUAACACGGGCCCUUUUGUUCCAGGUUAGCUGGUUUUUGCCAGGUAUUCCUUCUUAUAAUGUCUUGUCUUAAAAGUUCAGCAUAGAAACCCAAACUCUUUUUUUUUGUUUGUUUGUUUUUUGGGAGGCUUGUGUGUGUCUCAAGUGGUGCUGGGUGACUUCCAUGGUAUCAGCCAGUUGAUAGUAGUGUACAAUAACAAAACUAAAGCUAGUCAUUUUAUUAUUACCAUUUUCUAUACAAAAAUGUCUUAUUUAAUUGUUAAAGCAUUAUUAUUAAGAUCCUGAAACAGCAAAUUCAAAUACCCCUUCAUGACAAAGGAUAACAUUGUUAAAUUGUGUGGUCAGUUUUCAGAUUUCACAGCCCUGUUCGUUCUGUUUAGAUAUUGCUGUUAAUUUUCAGUAAAAUUAAGGAUGCACCAAGUCAAAGUUUUUGGGAUUUGGUCAAAUACCGAAUUCAUCUCAAAAGGUUCGGCCGCAUACUGAAUCAUCAAAAACUGUCAAGAAAAUUGAAGGAAACUGUUGAAUGAAAAACAGACUGGCAGCUACUUACAAACAAGGGACGCGCAUAAUCUAUAGUUCUGAGCCUUUUAGUUAAUAGUUUUUUUAUUACCGAACGGAAAUAUAUCCCUGAAUAAGAUUUCAGUUUGAAAUGUACACAAUUUACCACUAGCCGCCUCCCAACCACAAUAGAAAUGUCAAAAUACAGAACCAUUUACUUUCUUUACAAGAAAGGAGAGCUGCACCUCUGUUUUCUUUAAUGACAUUUCAACCUGUGUCACCUGAUCUGAAAGUUAUGAGGGAAAAAUUAUUGUGAUUAGUGACCUGAAUCUCCCUGCGAAAUAAAACCCACGUUGAUUUAAAUGUACCGUGUGUAUAAAACAUAUCAAAUAGG